AUGAACGGCAUGAUGAUUAUCCUGUUGAAGGAAGGCACAGACACGAGCCAGGGUAAGGCCCAGCUCAUUAGCAACAUCAACGCGUGCCAGGCCGUGAUGGAGGCAGUACGCACGACGCUUGGUCCUCGCGGCAUGGACAAGCUUAUCCACACUGGCGGAAAGACUACCAUCUCCAAUGACGGUGCCACCAUCAUGAACCUGCUGGACGUGGUGCAUCCGGCAGCCAAGACGCUCGUGGAUAUCUCGCUCUCACAGGACGCCGAGGUGGGCGACGGCACCACGUCCGUCGUGCUGCUAGGCGCUGAGUUUAUGCGUCAGGCUAAGCCUUUCGUUGAGGAGAACACGCACCCCCAGAUGAUCAUUAAGAGCUUCCGCAAGGCAGGCCAGAUUGCAGUCGAGAAGAUCAAGGAGAUUGAGAUCCGCGUGGCCGAAUCGGACGAAGUGGGACGCCGCCAGAUGCUGGAGCGCGUCAGCGGCACUGCACUGAACUCGAAGCUUAUCUCGCGUCACAAGCAGUUCUUCUCCCCCAUGAUUGUGGAUGCUGUGUUAAGUCUUGACGAGGGUCUGGACAUCAGCAUGGUCGGUGUCAAGAAGGUGCCCGGUGGAUCAGUGACCGACUCGUUCUUGGUGAAGGGUGUGGCGUUCAAGAAGACGUUCUCGUACGCUGGAUUCGAGCAGCAGCCCAAGACUUUCGUGAGCCCGAAGAUCUUGUUGUUGAACGUGGAGCUGGAGCUCAAGUCGGAGAAAGAGAACGCUGAAGUGCGUCUGGACGACCCCACCAAGUACCAAUCUAUUGUGGACGCCGAAUGGAACAUUAUCUAUGAGAAGCUGGAGCUGUGUGUGAAGAGCGGCGCCCAGAUUAUCCUGUCCAAGCUGCCCGUGGGUGACCUGGCUACACAGUACUUCGCUGACCGCGGUCUCUUCUGCGCUGGUCGUGUCGCUCAGGACGACAUGGAGCGUACACAGCGUGCUACUGGCGGUGUGGUACAGACUUCGGUACAUGACAUGAACCCAUCUGUGCUGGGAUCCUGUGGCCGCUUCGAGGAGCGCCAGGUUGGUAACGAGCGAUACAACAUCUUUAUGGAGUGCGCUGAGGCCAAGAGCUCCACGAUUGUGCUGCGUGGCGGUGCCGAGCAGUUCAUUGAGGAGGCGCACCGGUCGGUGCACGAUGCGCUGAUGGUCGUUAAGCGGGCUGUGGCGUCGUCUACGGUCGUGGCUGGUGGUGGUGCCAUUGAGAUGGAGAUCUCUCGUCAUUUGCGCCAGUAUGCGCGCACUAUUGAGGGCAAGGCACAGCUGCUGGUGAAUGCCUACGCCAAGGCAUUCGAGAUCAUCCCUCGUCAGAUCGCCGAGAACGCUGGCCACGACGCGACGGACAUUUUGAACCACCUGCGUCAGAAGCACUUCAAGGACCCCGAGGAAGGCAAAUGGUUCGGCGUCGACAUCACCACCGGCGGCAUCUGUGACACACAUGAGUCGCACGUGUGGGAACCUGCUGCCAACAAGAUUAACUCGAUCGCGGCGGCAACGGAGGCGGCGUGCCUGAUUCUGUCAGUGGACGAGACUGUGCGCAACCCCAAGUCGGAGCAGCCGCAGGCUGGUGGCCCUGCUGGUGGCGCCCCCAUGAGUGCAGCUAUGGGCGGCCAGGGCAUGCGUGGCAUGAUGGGUGGAGGCCGGGGAGGCCCCAGUGGCAUGGGUCGCGGCGUGCGUGCUUUCCGUGGCAAGGGUGGCGCAUAAGCGUCAUUGCUGCGGCUUUUGGUAGAGAAGUUGCGGCCUGAGGAGGCUGUACGCUUUGGUAAGCGGCUUGCGAGUUUGACUUUAAGUAAAUUGCAUGCACAUCGACACAAAAAUGUACUUCGAGUACAAGUUCGCUGCCCCACAGGCUGUUGUUUCCUACUAGGCUAGUGAACCUGCAAAUGAAGUCUGACG